CUGCUAUCAAAAUUGUUGUUAGAUGCUAAGAAAACUGAUUCCAUGAUAAACAAAAAACGGUAGGAGUAUUAGGAGGUUUCAUUCGUCUUCAAAUUAUAAGCCUUACUUUCUAGUCUAUAGCACCAUUCUAGUUAAAAAUUUUAAAAACAUUCGUAAUAAUUCGUCCAAAUAACAAUGACAGAUUCCAGUAGUUUGGUGGGUACUGGAACUUCAUCCAUGUCAAAGUUAAUUUCUUUCACCAAGAAGAGACCUUUCAGCGCAAGCAGUAGUAAAAGCGUUAAAAGGAAGGAAAACACAGAAAAGAUGAAAGGGACCACAAACAAAACAAAAACGGAGUCUGCUCCUGAUACAAUGCUUGAACCAUUUCAAGAAAUGGUCGAUGAGAUCAAUUGGGGCAAUUUGGAUGAUGCGAACUUUCCUAUGGCUGAUGUGAGCACGGACAAACCGGUCGCAUCCCAGGCUGUCGCGUUCGUCAUCCGUGCAUCAAGAAGAGGAGUUGUUCCGCUGUGCGCAGAAGUAGCAAAUUUACUCAAAGAAAACAGCAACUUGGAAGAACUUGUGAAUCAACAGAAGCAAAUCUUGGAGAAUUUAAACGAAGAAGUGGAAGCUCUCAGAAAAAUAGCAAAGGGCCCACCACCAGAAAUGAAAGAUGCUGGUUUGCAAACUAUACAAGAAAUAGAUUGCCAAACCAUGACAGUUGAUGAAGCUUCUUCUCAAACAGACAAAUUGACUAUCUCCUGCAUCAGACACCAAAAUUUGGACGAUAUGAAGCAUGGCAGACAGGAUUCAUCUUUCAACCACAAGCAACAACCGGAUGAUAACGAGCCCAGCAAAAAGUUUCUCGGACUCGAAACGGGAUGCGGAAGCAAUGUGGUACUGAAGUGUUCAUGUGAUCCUUUAGUUACUACAGCGACGCAAAAUCCGAUUCUGAUAUCGGUUGCUGUAAACACUGUGAGAGAGGACUGCAUGGAUUCGGCACUUGGCUAUUUUGAGCACACCAGUCUGGAAAAAACUCACCGAGAUCUAGAAGAACAACAUUCAAAUCUUAUCGAGAAAAAUACUAAGAUGGAAAACUCGAACGAAGAUUUGGAUCGUGACUUAAAAUCGGCGAAAGAAGAGAUUGUGACGCUUCAACGAGCAAUACAGGAAAUCCAAAAUAAAGAAUAUGAACGAGAAAAGGAAGCAGAAUUGAUGCGGCAACACGAAACUUACAGUGUGGACGUGCAGAACAAUUUAACAUCAAGUGAUGAAUAUCAGUCACCUCCUCAACAACCUGGAUCCAGGGGACGUUUCUCACAACUUCUACCGCUGAUAACAGCCGAUUCUGCAACAUCCUCAAGACCAACGGUGUCUCGAACCAGAUCAUCUAUAUUUCCUGGACCAAUCCUCGGAUGUAAAUGUCAAAUGUGCACCGCGUUCUUCCGAAGCAGUGGAUUACUUGGGUUCGCUUGCAGUCCAUAUGUUACAGACAGUUCGGGACGAAAUCCAGUUUUACGUGACUUGAGAAGACUUGUCUGGCUUCAAAAUUCCAAGCUGCAGAUUCAGCCAAAGGAUCAAAUAAUUGCUCGAAACAAUCGUGUAGGAACUGUACGAUACGUAGGACAUCUAGAUGGAGUUGGGACGCCCAGCGUAGUAUACAUCGGCAUGGAAUUGGAUAAUCAAGAAGGUCGACACGAUGGGUACCUAAAUGGUAAAAGAUAUUUCUUCUGCCCACACAAGCAUGGAUUAUUCAUUCCUUUACAAGAUGUUCUAUGUGUUAUAAACCGCAAGGUCACGCCACCAUCAGCGCAUCCGCCAAUUCGAGACCGUCCCCCAGCUAUAAUAGGAAGAGAUGGCGCUGGAAAAAUUUCACAUGUAUCAAUUGCGGAGUUCGGAAGACGACGUAGACGUAAAAAGACAUCCGCAACAAGUACCAGUGGUUCUUCUACAACUUCGGACACCAGCAGUUCAAUUUCAACCACAACGAGUGAAGAUGAAAAAAUUGGAAACUUGAAAAGGUUUCCCGAGCUUGUCGUGAGUUAGCAACUGCUGAUACAGAAGACAUAUGACACGUCGCUAUACCUCACAGUGAAGAUCCAGUGCAAACUUUAUAGACUUUGUAUUUCUUUGCAUCAUUAACUACAUUUAUCACUUUUUCUUUGUGAAGUGAAAUAUUGAGAAACUUUUAAGAUAUAUUUGACAUAUCGCUUGAGAAUGUUGAUCACUUUGCUCUAUUGGAAUGGAUUUCGGUUCAAUUGCAUCUCCAUAAGAUAUCGCCAUUUCGACAAUUUUAUUAACCUAAAAUAAACCAAUAUCAUCACAUUUUAUUACCAUCACAUUUUAAGUUUUCGGCUUUUUAUAUUCAGAAAAUCUUACGUUAGUCGAAGCAAUAUUUUUCCGAAAAUAAUUUGCGUAUCCAGAGUUUUUACUGCAUUAUUAUAACAUAAAGACGGGCGGCGUUAAAUUGCGUCAAGUUGAUAAAGCACAAGAGUAUUCGUCACAAGAGAGAUAGACGGAGUACAAAUCAAACGCUGAGUCAAUCACCUCAGUGUGGAGGAAAGUCAGAGGCGAAAGGAAUGCGUCUAAAACGCAGUUAUAACCGCACAAUAUUCAACCACAAUCAAAUAUUCGCUGACGUGGUUGGUUGCUGUGCGUCGCACGACCCCUCACUUACGACAGAAGUUGC